AUGUCCAGCUACGGCCAGCCACUGCCAGCAGGCUACAUGAAAAGCGAAAUGGCGCCACCCAAUCCGCGCCCAGGCGCCACAGAGUCCGAAUCCACAGAGCGCCCCCAAGACCGCUACCAGAAUGAGGAACACGACCAGGAGUACAUCCAAGACCAGGGUUACAACUCCAAUCGUAAUUCUUACACCUACACCACCAACCCCUCAGUCUCAAACCUGACUGAGCAUGCUCAGCUCACCCCCGAGAUGACAAGCUCUCCUUCUCAGCAGAAUGGCUCCGGUCGCAUGACUCCCCGCACCGCUGGGCCUCCUCCCCACUGGGCAUCGGGUUACAACACUCCCCCUCGCCCGGCUGCUGCAUCGACCCUUUACAACGCUGUCAGCGACACCCGCGGCACACCCGCCAACGGCACGACGGAUCCAUACAUGGCAUCCAGCUCGACAUCCGUGUACGCGGCGAACAACUCUCUCAGCGCGGGCAGCAAGCGCAUGCGCGAAGACGAGGAAGUCAUUCGCCCCGAAAGCGCAGCCGAAUACGAUACCUCGAAGCGCAGAAAGACAAUCACAGAUGCCACGCUGGGCGGCCCGGUCGGCGGUCCCCCAAUCCUGCAACCCAUGAAGCCUAGCAGCAUGAUGGCGCGACACCGUUGA